CGGAUGUUGCGUCGCUCCGCGAGCCGCGGCGGCCGCCUGCGAGCGGGGAGCGGAGCGGACGGAGCCAACAUGGCGGUGCCGAGGCUGGCCCGGCUGUGAGGGGCCAGGAGGCCGCGGCGCCUCAGCCCGGGCAGCCCCGCAGCGUUCAGCGGGGCCGGCGCAGCGCAGCGGGGGCCGAGCCGGCGGGCAUGGCGGGGGCGGCGUGAGGGAGGCCUCGGCGGUCCCUGCGGGUGAGGGGACGGGCCCGGGCCCAGGCCGUCCCCCUCCCCUUCCCCUCAGAGCAGCCGGUACCGGGCAGGGGCAGCGCAGGAGAGGCCUCGGGUGCCCGGGGGAUGGGGGCUUAGGGGGGGCCGCAGUGCCGUGGCCGCGGGGCCGAGCCGCCCCCCCCACCCCCCGCCGCUGCCGGGGCCUUGCGGGGCAGGACGGGGCCGUCCCCGGGCGGCGGCUGCGGGGUUUUUGACCGAGAGGCUUGAAAAAAAGGGGGUGCGGGGGAGGGCCGGGAGCGGGGGGGGCCCGGUAACGGGGAGGGAAGAAGCGAGCGACGCAGCGAAGCCUUGGCUGCCGGCAGCUCACCCCGUUUAGCGGGGGGGGGUUUCGUGCUGUAUUUUGGCAGCUUUAAGGUGAAAUUCUGGGCGAGCCCGAGAUUUUUAUUUCUCGGUAUUUCCCGCAAAGGUAGGGUAGGGUGGGCCCGGCCGAGAGCCCCCGGGCGCCGGGCCCGGCUCUCUCGGGAGAUCAGCCGGGCUUAGGGAGGAGAGGAGCAUGCUAAUUGUGAAUAAACGCUAAGGAGAAGGUAUGGGCUGAAUCUUAAAGGACUAACCCAGUUCAGGUGACCUUCUCUUGGCUUUUUUUCUAUUAAGGUUUAUCACUUAACCCGGUCCAGUUUCUGGAGGAGGUGCUAUACUAAGAAAGCAAAUUGAGGUAUUCUGAGCACCCUGCCCAUCGCCUGGGUCUGCGAGGGCGGCGUUAAAUCCUGCUGGUAAGAAGGGAACAGCGGAGUUAGUUCUUCAGGAAUGGUGUCCUUAAAAAAAGAAAUGGCCUAGAGAGUGCAGGGUGGGUUCUGGACUUUGCUUUUCCUCCUCCCCAUGUCAAUAAAUUAUUAAGUAGGGGGGGGAAAAAAAAAAAAGAAGAAGGUUUUGGGAGAAAAAAAAAAAAUAAAUUGGGUGGCUUCUGGCAAGUCGACCAGCUUUAACACUGACCGCCGAUCCCCGACUGUGGAAGUUUGGCUUCCCCGCUGCAAGAGCCAUUCCUGAAACGCCGUAGGAGCUUCCGCGCUUUUGUUGGGUAGUUUUAUUUAAAAAGUCAAGGAGAAAAGGGGAUAGAAGACUUCUGAAAAACGCUCUCGCUUGGCCGCUGUUGGAAUCGUGGAUAUAAGCAAGACCAGACGAGCUCCUUGUUAAGGGCUGCGGCGCUGAGCGGAGCCCCCGGCGCGUGGUGGAAGAUGGCCACCUUCAAACGGAGCCGAGCGCAGGCCUGGCCGGAGGAACAGGGCGACCGGGAGCACGGGCUGUACAGCCUGCACCGCAUGUUUGACAUCGUGGGCACCCACCUGACCCACCGGGACGUGCGGGUGCUCUCCUUCCUCUUCGUGGACGUCAUCGACGAUUACGAGAGGGGGAUGAUCCGCAGCGGCAGGGACUUCUUGCUGGCGCUGGAGCGGCAGGGCCGCUGCGACGAGACCAACUUCCGACAGGUGCUGCAACUGCUGCGGAUCAUCACUCGCCACGACCUGCUGCCCUACGUCACCCUCAAGAGGCGACGGGCCGUGUGCCCGGACCUGGUGGACAAGUACCUGGAGGAGACGUCCAUUCGCUACGUGACGCCCCGAGCUCACGGCGAGGCGGAGCACGGCCUCGGCCACCCCCAUAAAUCAGUGCCUCCCCACCACCCCGUGGUCUGCUGCUCCUCCGCGGGCCCCCAGAUCUGUACCAAGAGGCCCGGCCGCGGCAGGACCCUCCUCAGCAGCCAGCGCAAGAGGAGGAAGUCGGCGACGCCGGACCCUAAGGAGAAGCAGACCUGUGACAUCCGCCUGCGAGUCCGAGCCGAGUACUGCCAGCACGAGACGGCGCUUCAGGGCAACGUCUUCUCCAACAAGCAGGACCCCUUGGAGCGUCAGUUCGAGCGUUUCAACCAGGCCAACACCAUCCUGAAAUCCCGGGACCUGGGCUCCAUCAUCUGUGACAUAAAAUUCUCAGAGCUCACCUACCUCGACGCGUUCUGGCGCGAUUACAUCAACGGCUCUUUGCUGGAAGCCCUCAAAGGCGUCUUCAUCACGGACUCGCUCAAACAAGCCGUGGGCCACGAAGCCAUCAAACUGCUGGUCAAUGUGGACGAGGAGGAUUACGAGGUCGGGCGCCAGAAACUCCUGAGGAACUUGAUGCUGCAGACGGCUCCCUGACGCCCCGCGCCCGCUCGCUGCCGACCCCCCCUACUCCCCCCCUGCCCCCGGCCUUUUUCCUUUCUCCGGUUUGGGUUUUUGUUUUUUUUUUUUUGUUUUCCUAAAAGAAAAGGAAAAAGAUGAUUUGAAACCACCCCCACCACCCCCCAUAACUCUGGGUUGGGAGCCCGGCUGGAGCCGCGGGGGGGGCAGCGCCGGGGGCUUAUGUGUUUCCUCACCCCCCCCCCCCGUCGUCAUCCCCCCUCUCGCUUUGUUUUUCCCUUUUUUUUUUUUUUUUUUCCCUCUUUUAUUUUGUAUCCAUUAAAAAACAAACAAACAAAAAAAAAAAGGCAAAAAUCCUGCCUGGGACGCGUCAGUGCCGGGGCUGGGGUGGGGGGGGCAGGGCAAGGCGGGGGGGGCGCUCAGCAGAGGUUUGUACUGGCAGUGUGUGUGUGGGGGGGGGGCGCUCAGCCCCAUGGCUGCCUGUGCCGGGGUUGGGGGUGGUUUUGUCCCCCUCCUGCCCUUGUGCCGCCGUCCCGGGGUGGUGGUGGGGGCUCUGUGGGCAGCGUGUGUGUCCCCCCCCCUGCCUCUGACCCUGUUUCUCCCUCAAAUAAACCCCCCCCCCCCCCCAACCCCCGUCGCCUCAGUGGGUUUCUCAGGAGUAAAACCGUCCCCGCGGCGUCCCCUGGACCAUGUGCCUUCGUGUCCCCCUCCCCUGCAGGGGCCGGGGGGGGGGGGAGGACCAGCGCCGUGGGACGCCCCGAAACCUCCUGCCUGUCACCCCCACCCGCCCCCCCCGCCCCGGCGGCCGCCUGGCCCUGUCCCUCCCCUCUCCAGCUGGCAACUGGGACAAACUGGGACAAGAGCCGGGCUGGGGCGGCGAGAUCUGCCUGUUGCUGGCAGCAGGCACCACAGCCUCUGCCUCCGCGGCUUGGGGGGGGGACGGGGGGGGCAGCAACCCUCUGCUCCUUGCCCGUGGCCACCAGCCCCAGCUCCUCGGCCCCGGAGAGCCCCCAAAAUGGCCUGUCUCCGCCCCCCGCCCCAGCCGCUGCCUGUGGGUCCCCAGGGUCGGGGUGGGGAGCCGGGGCGGGGGGCAGGGGAUGACAAGGUUUUCCAGCUCUGUCCCGGUUUUGUGGUUUUUCUCCCCGUCCCCGCUCGGCUGCCGGGGGGUGUGUGGGGGGGGGAGGCGAUUUCCUCCCUCUGGGACUUGUGGUGAGUGUGGCCCCCCCCCCCCCUCCUCCGCUUUACGGACGAUUCUGGCACAACUUGGUGUAAUUUCUGUGACUUCUGUAUUUUUUAAACUUCAAUAUAACGGUCAUAUUCCCCUGUGUAGCUUUCGGGUUUCUUGAAAUAAACAUCUACCGCAG